AUGCAAAAGAUAAAUAGUAUGCUAUGGUUGUGUGAUGUAUGUUUAGAUGAAGUACAUAAUAAUGGAGGUCUUCGUUACGAAAUUGAGUCACUAAAGCAGUCUGUUUCUGUAGAAAUUGGUAAGUUAAAAGAAAUGUUUCCGACACAAUACGAAAACAAUUCUCAAAACCUUAAUCAUCCUAAAAACUUGAAGAGCUAUGCUCAAGCUGCAGGAGAAGUAGUUAUUAUUAAGCCUAAAAAUACUGAUCAAGCUUGUAGCAAAAAAACAUUCGAAGCUAUUCAAAAGUAUUUAAAUCCAACUUCGUUACAAAUAGGGAUUAAUAAAAUAAGAAAGGUAAAAGAUAGUGGUGUAGUUAUUAAAUGCAAUUUUAAAAAUAAAAUUGAAAAGGUUAAAUCUGCUGUCGAAAAGAAAUUAUCUAAGAGUUAUAAUAUUGUGUCACUACAUUUAAAAAAUCCCUCCAUAAAAGUUGCGGAUAUAGGAAAUGAAAUGUCUCCUAAAGAUUUAAUAAAUUGUAUUAAAAAGCAGAAUGGUUUUUUAAAUGAUGAUGAUUCUAAUAUAUCUCUAUUAGAAUUUUUUAAAAAAUCAAGUCUAAAUUCAUGGCUAUAA